UGGCAUGUGUGCAGACGCGGGUUAGCUGUUGUCCCUCACUGGCCAGGUGAUUACCCAACGUAAAGAGUUCCAGAGUAAAGAAUGCGGGAUUAGGUGCGAGGCAGUGGGUGGAGCAGAGAAGAGGAAUAACUAAACAGAUUAACAAAUACGGGAGUGUGCAUCAGAGCAAGGUGGAGACAGGAGUGGAGGGAAUACGAAGAGACAGCAAGGGAAACUCCUGAUGGUGACACAUACUAAAGGAUCUUGGAAAAUGGAAAUUCUACAAGUCAGUGUUAGGAUGAACAAACAGUGCUUCCAUUUUUAAACAGGAAUCCCUCGUUUUAUUUGUUUGUUUUUCUAUCAAAUCGGACCUUACAGGACGCCACCAAUUGUUUACCUGGUAGAACUGGCACAGCUUAAACUGUUGCCCUGGACCUGUUGAGGAAAACACACGGCCGGAGGAGCGGCACCAGGAGGAGACGGGCCGCCAACAGGUCAAACAGGAAGCUUGAACAAAGGCUCUGCAGCGUCAUGAGGACUGCCAGACGUGCCAGCAAUGUGGAGGUACCCUCCUUUCUCCGGCAGCUGGUCAAAGAGACGGAGAAGAUAGUAACGUUCUUCUUUAAAGGGGGAUCCAGGGAAAGGGGCUGUGUGGAAGAGGACACUUUAGAUGAGGACACAAUGCAGAGCCCUUACCUGGACCGCCCCAUCUUGGAGAAACACGUUGCAGAGGGGGGGUCUCAUUUGGGGUUGAACUAUGCUGUGGCAAGCAUGCAGGGUUGGAGGGCUCAGAUGGAGGACGCCCACACCUGCAUGCCCCAGCUGAAGGGAGACCUGGAUGACUGGGCGUACUUUGCUGUUUUUGAUGGACAUGCAGGCAUCACAGUGGCCCAGUACUGCUCCAGAAACUUGCUGGAUCAUAUCCUGACAACAGGUGGGAUCAAAGCAAACGAGGACCCAGAACAGGUGAAGGAGGGCAUCCGUGAGGGAUUCCUGGACAUUGAUCGUCAAAUGCACAAAAUGGCUCGCCAGGACAGCUGGGACAGAAGUGGCUCAACCGCAGCAGCUGUCAUGAUUUCUCCACGUUAUAUUUACUUCAUCAACUGCGGAGACUCACGCACCUUCCUCUGCCACAAUGGCCAGGUGGUCUUCUACACAGAGGACCACAAGCCGUUCAACCCUAGGGAAAAGGAGAGAAUCCAGAACGCCGGAGGCUCGGUGACCCUGCAGAGGAUUAAUGGCUCGCUAGCUGUUUCCAGAGCACUGGGGGACUUUGACUUUAAGGAAGUGGACUGGAGGCCACAAACAGAGCAACUGGUGUCGCCAGAGCCGGAAGUGUACGAAUUGGAAAGGACGCCUGAAGAUGAGUUCCUCAUUCUGGCAUGCGACGGCGUGUGGGACGCCAUCGGGAAUGAGGAACUGUGUGCAUUUGUACGCAACCGUCUUCAGGUGUGCGAUGACCUGAGAGAUAUCUGUACCCAAGUCAUUGAUCUCUGCCUCUAUAAGGGCAGCUUGGACAACAUCAGCAUCAUCAUCGUGUGCUUCCCUGGCGCCCCCCAGCUGUCGCAAGAGGCACUGCAGCGAGAGGCGGAGCUGGAGCAGCACAUUGACACGAAAGUGGAAGAAAUCAUCCAGAUGAUGCGGUCCAAAGAUGAAGACCCCGACCUUUUGUAUGUGAUAAAAUUCCUGGCUGCAGAAGAGAUGCCAGGGCUUCCACCAGGGGGAGGCAUCACCAGCAAGCGAGACUGUAUCAUAGCCGCUUACCAGAAACACAUCAUGAAUCUCAGGACUCAGGAACCUAUGGACAUUGGGGGAUCCGAGGAGGACUCAAACUAACAUCAUGACCACGGAGUCAACACCAGCUUCAAGUUUUACAUUUUAGAUGAGCACUAAACUAAGAAGUUGAUUCUUCCUGUGAUAUAGUCUGAGUUUGGCCUCAAACGUUUGUUUCCUGGUCAAUUAAAAAGAAUGUUUGGAUUGGACACUCACUGUGUUGAUUCUUAAGAUAUGGAGACUGUGUUUUUCCGUAUAAAUCUUACAAGCAAAGUACUAACAGUCCAUUAGGGUUUCCUAAUUCACAGGGUAACACUCAACAUUUAGUUACGGUGGCUGUUGAAAUUGUAUGCAUUUCUGUCAAAAUGCCAGGGUUUUGUGAUGUAACUGUGAUCUAGUUUCAGCAUUCAGUCCGCUCUAGAGUUCCCACUGUCGUCAAUUAUAAAGAAUCUGAAUAACUAAAAAUAAAUUUUAGCUGCCCUAGAACAA